GUGCCGCCAUGGUCUCCUGGAUAAUCUCCCGCCUCGUGGUGCUGAUCUUCGGCACCCUCUACCCGGCGUACUCCUCCUACAAGGCCGUGAAGACGAAAAACGUAAAGGAAUAUGUUCUUGGUGCAAGCUGGGGAGACUAUAUAUGUGCCAUUACCUGAAGCUGGUGAUCAUCAGACUGAGCAGCAAAAACCUGACUCCUUUUAGUGGAUUGAAAAGAAACAUGCAGCCUUAUUUAACCCUCAGUUUUGAAAGAUGUUUCAUGAAGAUGAGCAGCACAGAUCUCAACACUGAUUCCUGUGGGAUUCCACUGGUGAAGUGGAUGAUGUACUGGAUUGUGUUUGCCUUUUUCACCACUGCAGAAACACUCACAGACAUUGUUCUUUCUUGGGCUGAGAGAUGCCCUGUUUAUGGAGUUUUCAUGGCUAUGGAUGAAAGACUAAAUGAUACUCGAAGAAGGUUUCCCUUUUAUUUCGAGCUGAAAAUUGCAUUUGUGAUUUGGCUGCUCUCCCCUUACACCAAGGGCUCCAGUGUCCUCUACAGGAAGUUUGUGCACCCAACGCUCUCCAAUAAGGAGAAGGAAAUUGAUGAAUACAUUACUCAGGCUUGUGACAAGAGCUACGAAACGAUGAUGCGAGUUGGCAAGAGAGGGUUAAACCUUGCUGCCAAUGCAGCAGUUACUGCAGCUGCAAAGGGCCAGGGAGUUUUGUCUGAGAAGCUUCGAAGUUUCAGCAUGCAGGAUCUCACUCUGAUCCGAGAUGAAGAUACUGUGCAUAUGCGAAGCCGUGAUCCACAGCUGCACCCCUCUGGUGCGAGUCUUCUGGAACCUAUUGAAGACUCAGCUUCCUGUUACUCCUCGGGAGAGGAGAGCAGUGUGGCACAUAGGUCUAAUGGAACCCCAUCAGACACUAGAACAGACCCAUCAGAUGAAGAUGCAGGAGACAAACUUCCUAAACGUACCCAGAGUCUCAAAACUCCUAAAAAGGUGAUGAAAGCUGAGCUUCCAGUGAGAAGUGUAAAAGCCCGCCCUAAGAAGAAAGCUUCUGGCUCUCUUGCUUCUGGCGAGUCAUCCUAAGGCGACCUUCCCCCCCAGCACCUGUCUCUGUCCUGGGAUUUGCCUUUUGCUUUCAUGGGGAAACUCUCCAAAGGAAGGGAGCUGAGAUUCUUGUACAUAACAGAUACUGCUUUACAGAGCUCAUUCCAAGGCAAGGGGGAGGCUGGGAUUCAGAAAGCAGAGUAGAGGAUACAAAUCCUCAGGAAUUUUCUCCUUUUCAUCUCUCUGUUGGAGGGAAUGCUGAUAUGUCUGUACAUAGCCAGUUGCUUUGGAAUUCCCACUGUAUAACUAACUCUAGUUGAGAAUCUUUGCUGGAAAAACCGACUAGGGUUAGAGACAUCCAUUGCACAGAAGCUAGAAAAAUACUAGACACUGGAGUUCCACGGGGUGUGUGGCUCUCUAAAAUGUCUUAUCUUGCUCUGGGUAUUCUCCUGCAGCUGCGUGUUGUUAAGAAGUGCCCACCAUGGGUCAUAUUCCUUUAGAAUGGACGGUACCUAAUAUGUCCAUUGCCUUUGAGAAAGUGACUGAAGUGAUGUAUGCUGAGUGCUUUUGAACAUAAAGAACUGGCUCAUGGGAGGUAUAUGCUAGAGUCCCGUUACUCAUACUGGAAUAUGAAGAGAUUGGUUUUUGUUUUUUUCUGGAAGGUGAAGGGAGAUAAUUGGAAAAACUAAUAAAGAAAAUGUGCUAUUAGAUGCACAUUACAUGAUGAAGUAGUUAAGAGUUACUCUUGAGAAGGAAAGUUUGGCAUCUCUAAGAUUUUGGCUCUUUUUGAAGCUGCUGGAUUUUAUUUCAGGUUCUAAUGCUUACUCUGACUCCGUGAGAGCAUCAGAAUGAGUUGAGUCACGUGCAGUAGGUCCCAUGCAGUUCCAUGGCAAGCAUACUCGCUUUGCCAUGUGGUGGUUGAACCCAUGUCAUUGUGUUGCUUGCUGCUUCAGACAAAUUCUUUUAUUCUAGCAGAUGGCUGGGGAAAAUCUGUCUCAAAAUAGUCUGUGGGCAUACUUGAGAAUUUCAGAAGCCCUCACCUCUCAGCUUUAGGAGAGUCAAUCCUCAGGACGUGAAAACCGAAACAGUUGAUAUAUUAACAGUUGAGUUCCGUUAACUUCAGGAUUUCAUUUAUGGGGGAUAAAAAGCAGGGACUGUGGCAUAAUACUGUGAUUAAUCAGUCCUCUUGCUUUAUCCUGCUGCAGCCCUUGCACAGAUUUUCUGUCUGACAUUGUGCCAUGUUUAUCAGUGUCCUGAGACUCAAGCAAUACUUAACACUUGGGACAGAAAACUACAAAGAAUGUAGAAUAUGUAUUGUGGGAGUGAAAUUGCAGUGCUGCAGAGAAAAUUUGCAUCAUGCCGAGCCAUACUAAUCUCCUGGACAAUGUUAAAGGGAGAUCCCCUGUACACAUGCCACAUUGCUGAGUCAAUGAAAAUUUAUGAGAUUUAUGAGUAGAGUUCUUGUUAUUAAAAUCUAUAAUGAAGGUGCACCAUUAUAGACAUGGGUGUCUGAAUGCAUACUAGAUGGUUUUAAUUUUCACUGAAAUUAAUUAUCACAGGAACCUGGCUCCUACAUACAAGUGUUUGUGUCCCAUACUUUUGCUGCCACAUUUCUGAAAUUACAGUGAAUUCUUCACAGAGAGCCCAGUAUUUUGCUGUUGACAAGCUAUAGAAGCACUUCUGCAACUAAUGCUCCACAAGUAUUUCUGAAACCUUUCAAAAGUUUAUAAAGUUGAAGAUUAGGAAAUAAGAAAUUUUCUUAUUUCCCAUCAUCUUGGUGGCAAAUUUUUUUCUCUCAAAUUGACCAGUUAUUUCAGGAAGCCAGUUAAGUUGGAUUUACUAUUUUUCAUAGCUUUUAAAAAAUUAAAAAUCUUUACACUCCAUGUUAGAAACUUCCAUCUUGUGCAAAAUAUUUCUCCUAAAUUAUCCACAUGGCCUUAUCCAGAAGCCAGUAGGAAAUCCUUGAUUCUGAGUUUAAAAAAAACAAUUAUUUUUCUCUUUUUUAGAUUAUUAGCAAACUUCAUAUUCAUGUCUUACUAGCACAUGCAAAUGCAUGUCCUGAAGUAGGAAUACUUCCUGUUUCCAAAUUAAAUUCCUCUCUCCAGACAUCAUAAAAAUCUUUUAUGGUUAUGUGAAAGAUCCAGUUGUGAAGAAUCGCUUUCCUAGAUUUUACUGUACUGAGCAAGAGAGAAACAUUCUUCUCUAUAUACCAAGUAUGUCUAUGACCAUGUUUCUUGAUUUUUUUUUUUUUUUUUAAUCAAAAUUUUGCAUAGCAAAUUAUUUAUGUAAAUCAUUGUGAGGGAUUUGACUUGGAGGCCAAGUCUCCCCUUGCACUGAUCUUCUCGCCCUUUCCUUGUGCCUGCUGUGAUAGUGUACGGUUACUAGGUUUCCACAGAGUGGCUUUCCAGAAUCUUCUCUAGAAUCCAUUUAUUUGUAGUGGCUUUUCUGCUUUGAAGCACAGGAAGAAUUUCUGAAGAUUCAGUUCUGGUAUUUGGAUUUAUCUUUGUCUUCCUAAGCUAGGUCCUGUGCUAAGCAGCUUUUACUUAGCAUUGAUGCUUGAUGUCAUUAGCUUGUGGGUAAACAAGGGGAAUUGGCUUUUGUUUGCAAGAGUGAGUCUGCAGUUGGAGUAGGGACUAUCUAGUGUGCGAUAUGAAGCUGAUGAUGUUGAGCAGCAGAACUUACCCAGAGCAAGAACAAUGUCUUAGCACGGAUACUGUUUUCUUCUUCUAGUACAAAUGUGACUGCUAGAUUGUGCUUUGCUUGAUCAAAGCCACUGCAGAUCUACCACCACCCACAUGACCUCUUAGUGAGUUUCUAGAUACAGUUCUGCAUUGGAUGGCACUGUCUUGCAUAGAAAUUCUCUUGUUAAUGAGAGUGCUGAAUGUGCUGUUUUGAUAAAAUGCUUUUAUCAGCUGCUGUUUGGUGUUUUCAGCAGGAAAUGCUGGAAUGUAGUUUCUCUUCAGUAUCAUCUGUGGGCUUCAUUGUGCAAUUAAGCAAAUGGUUAAAUCUUCACCUAGCAGUAGAACCUAUUGUGUUCGGUAAAUGUUUAGAGCCUUUUCCUAAUAUGCCUGGCCACGGAGAGAAGUGUAAUAGGAGAAAAUGAUUCUUGAAGGUGGGGGCUGAAGAGGGUGGUAUGGGUGUGUCAAACUUCGUGUGCCUAUAAGUUAUCCUAAAAUACCUGUACCGUGACAUACAAAGUUGAAGCCAUGACUGCCUUUUGAAAAGAAAUGUUUUACUUCCAUGCUUUGUAGUAUUAUGAGUCAGUGUUCUGCUGUUGGAUAAGAAAAUAGUGAAAUAUGGUUUCCUAUCUGAGAAACUUAAUGAUUUGUUGCAUAAAAGGGAAAAAUGUUUUCUUGUUGGCAGUAAUCCUCCGUGGUGAGUAAGAAGUAUGAAAAUAUAGGGGAGACAACCGUCAGGUUUUAAACCUUUAUACAUUACCUAAAUAUCUUUAUUACUUACUUUUUAAAAAUUGAGUUUGUGAUUCUUCAGCUUUACAUUUCUGGGACUGGUUUCUUUUAGACUAGAAUAAUUUCCUUGGUAGGUAGAGCAUAUAUGAAGAGAGGGGUGCUAGUGUUCUUAAAAUUGCAAAGCUUGUUCUGGGGAAGUUUCACCUUCCCUCAUUUUAAUGAAUUGAUUUCCGUUCAUUGUACUUUUGCAGUGCUGGGCUUUCUUUUAUACAUCCCUCUUGGAAGUACAACUCCCUCACAACAUACUUUCUUGGAAAGCAAGAUUUCUAGAGAACCGCAACUUUCCAGAAGUGCUUAUUUAUUCUGUGCCAUCUUAAUAAGCAGAAAAUUUAGUGCCUUAGGAGAAAAGUAAGAUUUAUAUGGAGAACUCUGCUGAUUCUCUGAUCUACACAUAGCAUUGUAUUAAGGAGGCUCACAAGUUAACUGUGAAGUGUCAUUGUAUGCUUGAGAGCAGCUGUUGAAUUGAGCUGAUUUCUUUCUGUCUUCCAAAGUUGCAUGUAAUGCUAGAAAGUGUGGAUUGUUCCCUAAGAGAGAAAUCUAGGGAAAAAAGUUGUAUUCUUACGGGGGCACUGUAUUGUCACAUUACUGCUUGCUGGGGAGAUACUGAAUUGACAUCUCUAUGUAACUGGUCUGUACUAUAGCUUUUCUUGCUUUAGGCACUAGAGAUUUGUAAUAUACUGUCUGGCUGAAGCAGGAUGUGGUGCUGCUCUGUGAGUUACCUUGCUAAGUCAGAUACAUGAAAAACCAGGAAAGUAUUCUGAAGUUACAUGAGCUUGUAGAACUACAGAGGUGUCAGCAUUGGAAGGGGCCUCUGGGGGUCCUCUGGUUUGACCUCACAACUCAGUCGGGGCUGCCCACUGCCAGUUCCUGUGUGCUAUUUCUGGUCUAGAAUCUACUGAGUUUAAUGUUUAAGAUCUGUUAAUAUAUGCAGAAAUGCAUAUGCUGCAUGAGAACAUGCUUUUGUGUUACUGAGGAGAAAUGUUUCCUGGUCACUUUUCAUCUGGUAUUUGGCUCCAUUGCAAGACACUAUAAACAUAACUCUUUCUUAUGUUCCUUACAGGUAUUGUUAAAAUGCCUAGAGGCCUCAAAAAAUAUCUUAAGAGGUAUGCAGAUGAAGUUGUGAAAACAGUUGGUUUUAACAGUAGAUGGAGACAAUAAUUGCAUAGCAGCUAAGAACCUGUCUUAUGAGAUACAUAAAUAGAUAGAAUUAGAGUAGAAAAUGAGCUGUGUAUAGUACAGAGUUGUCCAGUAAAUACUGCUAACUUUCUGAGCCUCAAGCAGCACUUAAACUCAGCAUUCUACAGAUGAGAGCUUGAUUUCUUUUUUGAGCCUGAUUUCUCUCUUAGAGUCAAUCUCUGUUUCCUUCCCUCCCUUCCCCCUUUCGUUACACCCCCUCCCCAACCCCAAUCUUCUAAACUGGGCUUCAGCUACAUACACUGAGAUUCUUCAAACUUCAUCCCUUCAGAACAAUAAAGUUUGACUUUUUACCUCAGCAGGCAACUGAUCUGCAGGGAGGACCAGAUGAAUAUCAAGUAUCUCUCAUCACUUUGUAGAUGUGUUAUGCUGGAGAAGUACUAGCAGGAAGCUCCAGAAGAUAUGUUUGCCCAGGAAAUUCUACCCUCUGCCCCCUACCAAAGCCUGCAUUUUUGGGUGAACCAAAUGCUGGACUUAGCUAUGCUCACACAGUUAUCUGUAGAAUCCCAAAAUUCAGUGUCAGAAUUUCUAGUCCUCUAUUCCUGAUGAUAACAGGAAUUAAAAUAAUAUGGAGUGAAAAGAAACAGUGGCAAAUUGGUGGGUUUUUUUCCCCUGCAAUUUUGCAGGUAAAUUUAGGUCAUUGCUAUUUACAUGCCUAAAAUCUUUGCCUAAAGCCCCUUGCAAGCUAUGUGUUACUUUCUUGCUCUCUUUCUGAGCUUCUGUUCUUCUGUGAAUUGGUUAUGUUUUUAAUGUUUACUCUUACUAAGCAAGGACUGGCUUCCAUUUUACUGACUGGAGAUUUGAAAUAUACUGUAUUAGAGCUGUAAUAUAGCCUUUUUUCAUUAUUUAAACCUAUGACCUAGAUUAAUACAUGUAACUUGUACAACAAGGCCUAAGGCCAGAUUCCCAGGUGGAAUGUGAGCAUCUAUUGCAAAUAGCAUAGUUUGACGUAUUUCCCUUUUCUUGCAGUGAAUUCUGACUGAAAUGUGCUUACUGCAGACCAUUUGGACAAGAGCAUUCUGUCAGUGUUUAACCAGAUAAUGUUAGAAGUAACAUUUAUGGGAAUACUGCAAAAAUAAGUGAACACUAAAGGAGCAAAAGCUCAAGUCUUCUGUAAUAUAUCUGUCUGAGACUAUGUAAAACACUAAAGCAUUUCUUGCAGCAGUGGAAAUACAUUGCUAUACUGACUUAGAAAGGUAGGAAAUUGAGUCAUGAUCGUUGUAGCAGGUUUGGGAGGAAAGUCAAUCUGGAUGGCAAGCAUAUAAAGUUUUACAUACCAGGGAACUAAGUUUUUAUCACAAGUAAUGCUUAAUAACUUACCAGAAAGGAAGAAGUUGAAAAAUUCUGGUGACUAUUAAAUGGAGAGGAAUUUUCCUGAUCAUCAAACCUAGUAUUGAAUAUAAACCUUCUGUAUUCAUGCUGCUGCCUUACUUGGGAAAGCACUGAGUCAAGGGACUCUUUAUUUCUGGCUCCUCUGUUAGAUUAUUUCUCAAAUUAAUCUCAAAUUAGAGAUGCUUGGGUUUGACUCAGCAUUUUAAUGUCGAAUUCCCCAUUAGCAUAGUGCUAAUCCACGAGGGUUGUGGAUUACUCUUUGUCCACCAGAGGGUAUAAGUGGAACAUAAAAUCACUGACUAUGAGAGAGCAGAGACACGUCUCACAACGGUUAUUUCAAUUAUGACAGUAGAACAGCAGUAUUUCCUAGGUAUGCGCGAAGGCCCUACUUGGGGGUAAGGGACAAAACAAGCUGGGGCUCUAAUGGAGGAAUAUGAAAUAAUACUGCUGUUAACCUUUGACUGAAAAGGCUAUUUAUGCUUUCUGGGCAUUCAAAUUGAGCCACUGUCCAAUGCGGCUCACUGAGACAAUAGUGUUACAGAAUAACUCUCCUCACUUUUUUUCUUUUGUUUUACAUUCAAACAAUUUUUUUAGCUGCAGGAAGCAGCUCUGAAAAUGGUAAUGUUUGUGAUUCCAGCCCCCACCAUGGGGCUCCCCACCCCCGCUUUUUAUUAAUUAACCAAUUGCUGUGUGUUGUUCUACUUUAUACUCUGAAUUUUAGUAGUAUUUCCUGGUAAGGAUGAGUAUUUUCUUUCAGUUGGAUUUAUUUUCUGUGAAAAGAGAAGCAAAUUUAAUCUAAAAAUACAGAUCUAUCUGAUGUUACUAUGGUAAUUUGUGACCAUGGCAACAGAGUUAGCAUUCUGAAGAACAGGCAGACAGAUGUGGUUGGUUUUUUUGGUUUUUUUGGUGUUUUUUUUUUAAAGUAAAUGACCUAAUUAAUGGUGCACUCAUUUCACAAAAAGAACCUGACUUUUAGUAUUUGUUAACCGUACAAAAGCAUAUGGGUCCGAGGGAUUUUAACAUUCUUACAUAGAAGAGCUGGUCUGAAUGAGCAGACAGUGCAGUGGAGAAAAAAACUGGCUUAAUGGCUAUGCCCAAGGGGGCAGAUCAGUGCCAGAAAGCCUGCUCAGAGGCCAGCAGCAUACCUCAGGGUUAGGCCCCGUUCUCUUCAUUAAUGAUUGGGAAGUGUCAGCAAGUGUCCUGGCAAUACAAAACUGAGAUGACUGGCUGAUAUGCCAGAAGGUUAUACAGGAAGCAGCAAGAGGAACGUAGGUUUUUUUACCUUCACUCUCAAAACACAUGGAAAUCCUAGUAGGAACAUAACGUAACAGUAUGAGAUUUUUUCCAGUGUAUGAAAAUCUUUUAUUUACAACAGCAAAGAUGGAGACUUGCAGACUGAAGGAGGAUCCAAUACAUACUAGGAGGUUUCUGUAGGAAAGAAAAAUAGAAUUUAGAGUAGUCCUGGGGAUUCUUCAAUGUCAGACUUCAGGGGAAAAACAAGGAGAAUAAAAUAUAUUUAAUAUGUCUCUAUUUUUCCUUCUUAUGAUCAGUUAGGUAAACCAACACAGUGCUUCUGGGCAGGUGCUAAAUUUCAAGCACAAGUUGUGGAUUGCCCUGGUGUGUCCCAUCCCAAGAGCAUGUACUGCAUUCUACGAAACAUUUAGUAAUGGUAUUAAGGAGUUAUAAGAAAUUAACUUGUUAUUGAGGGAGUUAGAAAUGGGCAUUUGUGGCUAAGCCUUGUACUUAGUGUAUUUAUCUCUGCCAGUGUAGAGCUAACAUAGAGGCUCUCUACUGACAACACUCAAUGUCAGUUUUAUAGGAAGAGUGCAGAUAUAAAUUUAGCCAAAGCCAAAUCACAGAUUUUUUCCAAGCUUUUCCUUUUUCCUAGGCUCUGUUGGGGAAUCUAGCAACUGAAUAGCAAUUAUAAUAUUGCUGCUAUUGCUUGCUUAUUUGGAGCAAUGAAUAUAUUGAAUUAAAUAGAAUUAAGCAGCAUUUAAUAGCUUAAUUUUUGUAAAAGCCAGCUGUUGCGACCAUUUUGUAUUUACCGCAAGAAUAUGGUAACUGACGCAUGGAGCCAUUGUAACAUGGGAAGGCUAUUACCUCUGAAAAGGAAAGCAGAGAAAAGGCCAACCCAAACUGAACUGGUUCAGCUAGUGCAGUCUUCUGUCUCUGCUACUGCUCAGUCUAUUUGAUGACCAGAGGGUAAUUUGGAAUUAAACACAUGGUGGAAAAUACCUCAUCGUGACACUGUCGCCUUUUUACCCAUGUGCUGAAGCACAGUGGUGUUAAAUGACUGGGUUAAUUGAGUUUUCCUGGGAGGGGGAGUUGUUUGAAUUCUGUCACUAAUUUUUUUGUACUCAUUAAGUUUGGUCACUUGCUGCAGUGUAAUGACUUAAAUGUACAGAACCUUAAUCUCAUGUUUGCUUUAAUACCCAGACCCUUCUUAGGUAUCUUUUAACAUUCUCUUUUUUGAAGAACCUAUUUUAAAGGGCCCAUUGCUUAUCUUCUGUUUCUAUCCAGAGUAUAAUACAGAAGGUUUUAUCAAUGCAGAUGUGCUCUCAUUCCUUAAGGUGGCGACUGAUCCUUAUUUCUCUUCUCAAUUAUUUUAACAUUUUCACUAAAAGUGGUUUUCCUGGCUAAGUUCCCUUUUGAGGGAUCAGGGUCGUAAACAUGGAAAGACAGCCCUUCUGUUUGGGUUAAAGAGUAUCUGGAAAAGCUCAUUAUUAUACUGUGUCUAUUCAGGCUGUAUCCACUUGCUGAAGAUUGCUGAUGAGACCAAAAAGGCAUUAUCUAAGGACUAAAUUUUGAACCCUGCUUCUUGCUACUGUCUCAUGUGGGUCUCUCUGACUAGUGGUGCUCCCAAGCACAACUGAUCACAAGUCUGUGAUGGCACCUCUAAAGAAAAAGUUGCUGUGCUAAGGUUUAGUUAUUAAUAUGGGUGGGGGAUAAAGGUUCUGGAGGUUAUUCAGUUUUUGUUUCCAGUUUAUUUUGACAGAUAAAUGUCUCAGAUACUUUGAAUUUAAAUCUACAUGUGUCAGUCGAAUAGGCUUAUAGAUGUAUGAGUUGAAGGUAUGGCUUUUUGUUCUUUGCUAGCAAGUUUAUGUACCUUUCUCCCACCUCAUGCCCCAGUUCCUUGCUACUGAUGCCUGUGGAUAUUAUUUUUAAAAAUGCUAUUUUAUCUUCUCAAACUGUGCUUCUGAAUAGUUGUAGUUUAUCUUCAUGUCUUAUGUGUUUAGUCUUCUGCCCUUCCCCCUCUCCAUUGUUGAAUGAAUAAAGACAUGAAAAUGCA